AUGCUGGUAGAGAGACCUUUGACAAAUCUUCAGCCUGCGGGCCAACAGCCUUCGGAUGCCUUUGUGCUUACCAACAAGCAGGGUUUCGAGUGGUCGUUGCGCUUCCUCACUCCCACCAUCUUCAAGAUCGUCGUCACUGGGCCUAACCACCCUCUCCCGCAACAGAGCAACGUCCACUGGUCCAGCAAGCCCCUCGCUGUUUCGUCCAAGGUCAAUGCUGCCGCCAAGAAAGCCACCAUCAGUGUUCAGGGUCUUACCCGCCAUGUUACCGUCCAGUGGGAUGACACUCCCAUCAUUGAGGUUCACGAGAGCAUUAAAGGCAGCUCGGAAAAGGUCCGUGUCUUCGCUGACACUCCUCACAAGUCGUACUGCUUCUCUGACAAGGGCUUCAUGCGAUACACUCGCUUCAACAACCACAACCUCCACGUCGGUAUGGGAGAGAAGGCUGCUCCUCUCGACUUAACCCAUCGAUCUUUCGCUAUCUCGGGAAGUGAUGCUGCCAGCUACGACUCCUACCUCUCGGACCCCCUCUACAAGCACACUCCUUUCCUCAUGUCGCUACCCAAGCCUGUCGACGCCGAAGGCAAUCCUCAACCCCUCACUUCGGUCGUCGGUAUCUACUCGGCUUCCAACUCGGAUGCCAACUGGGAUGUCGGCCGCUUCAUCGACGAGCCAUGGACUAUGUUCAAGAAGUACGCACAGCACUGGGGCGGUCUCGAGGAGUACAUUCUCUUCGGCGAGCACGCUCAGCAGGUCGUCUCGCAGUUCUCUGACCUUGUUGGUCGACCUCUGCUUGUGCCACGAGACUGGUUGGGAUACCUUGCCAGCGGUAUGGGUCUCGGCGAGAGUGAUGUUCCCAUCGCUCAGGAACUCCUGUCUGGCUGGCCUGGUAUGUGCAAGGACAACGACAUUCCCUGCUCUGCUAUCCAUCUUUCGUCGGGUUACACUGUAGACGAUCAAGCCAACCGUAUGGUUUUCACCAUGAACACCAAGCGUUACCCUGACUUCGGCGAGAUGGUCAAGACCUUCCACAAGGCCGGUAUCCGUGUCACACCCAACAUCAAGCCAUACGUCUUGCAGUCCCACCCUGAUUACCAGAAGCUCUACGACGCCGGUGCUCUCUUCUCUGAUCCUAACAACGACAACAAAGCCUGCGUGACUCGUAUUUGGUCGAGUCUUCCUGGCUUCAACGCCCUUGGUUCGUGGGUGGACCUAACCAGUAAGGCCGGUAGGGAUUGGUGGAGACAGGGUGUGCUCGACUUGUGCAAGCUCGGUGUUGACUCGGUGUGGAACGACAACAACGAGUUUUUGCUCUUUGACGAUGCUUUCGAGUGCAAGAACGACCUUGUUGGUGAUGCCAAGACUGACGGUAAUCGUACUGGUAAGCCUACUCCUAUCGGUCUCCUUGGUCGCAUGACCAACACCGAACUCAUGGCAAGAGAAUCGCACGACGCUCUCGUCACAUGCCACCCUGAUCGACGACCUUUCGUGCUCACUCGAUCUGCCAAUGUUGGCACUCAGAAGUGGGCCGCCUCGACAUGGUCCGGAGACAACCGCACCAGCUGGCACAACUUGCGCGGCUCUGUCGCUAUGAACCUCAACGCUCAGAUGUCUCUUCUCCAGUCAUACGGCAACGACAUUGGUGGCUUCGCUGGUCCUCUCCCCAGUCCUGAGCUUUUCGUUCGAUGGAUCCAGUCCGGUAUUACCCAGCCUCGAUUCUGCAUUCACUCGUUCAAGCCAUGCAAGGAGGACCCACUGGGUGUCAAGCUCAACAACCUUCCCUGGAUGUACCCCGAAGUCGUUGACAUCAUCCGCAACACCAUCAAGCGCAGAUACGAGCUCUUGCCGUUCAUCAACAACCUUAACUGGCGCUCGCACCUUGCUGCUGAGCCCAUGAACACCUGGCUUGGCUGGAACGAGUUUGCUUCCGACCCCGAGGUGUACAAGAAAGAAGUGCUUGAGGGUUUCGACUACUGGAUCGGACACGGUCAGCUGCUUGUUGCUGGUUCCUACCACGAGAAUGAGCUCACUCGUCGUGUCUACCUUCCUGCAACAGGCAAAGACGACAAGAAGGUGUACUACGACACCAACGCACCUUUCAAUGUUUACAAGGCAGGUCAGUGGAUCGACAACGUCUCCACUCCUCUUUCGCACUUUGCCAUCUUUGCUCGUGAAGGAACCGUUGUCCCUGUCGGUCUUCCUAAGGUCACCCUCACCCAGUCGCAAGGCUUGGCUACGGUCACUUGCAGUGGCACCAAGAUCCUCACCGAGGAGGAGGGCGGUCAGGUCGUCCACGAUGACUGGCGUGGUGUUGAGGUCUUCCCCUCGCCCGCUGAUGCUGUUAGCCCCAGCGACUACACUUAUACCUGGAUAGAGGACGAUGGUGUUUCUGCCAAGCCGGCUGUUGCUGAGAUCAAGCUUGAGAUCUCUUCGAGCAGGGAUGAGGUCAAGGUCAAGGCUACCGCUACAAAGAAUGACUUUAAGCCAUUGUGGGCCAACAGUCUCUGGGUUAUCUUGCCCAGACCAGACACACGAAAAGUGCAAGGCGCCACAAAGACUAUGUCUUACAAGGGCCAGACUGCGUACGCCGUCACCGUUGCUGGUCUCUGA